AUGAUCGCAUGGAGACAACUGUUCAUUCUGAUCAUCAGUUGCGUCGUUCAAUUCCAUUCAAUACCCAUUUUAUCACGAGAUAAUCGAACAUUUGGUCCAUUUAAUCGUUCUCCAUUUCUACAAAUCAAUGAAUCCGAUAUCCAAGUCAUCGACAUUGGAAAUCUCCCCGAAGUUUUACCGAACAUUUCACGUGUCACCGAACAUGAUUUAGAAAUAAUUGAACUACCGAUCGGUACUGUUCUUUACAAAGCACUUCAAUUUCCAUCGUCCGGUGUUCCGAGUCAAACCGAUGUGAUGAAUAUUUACGCAGCGAGAAAUGCUUGGCUGUCGAAUUUGGACGGAGCUGAACAAUACGUUCGAUUGGGUUAUGGAAAUUUGAUGAGUUUCCAAGUGAUUAAGAAAUUAAAGUUGUUCGAUUUAGCAAAUCGAAACAAUUGGGAUAUCAUUUGGUCGAAAAUCAAUCAACAAUUAGUGUCACUUCUUCAAAAGAAAGAUUCUGCGAAUAAAUCGAUGAAAACACAAAGAUAUCUUCAAAAAGAAAUCGAUCAAUUGGUAUUUCAACAAACAAUUCUUCAAUUAACCAUCGGAUAUGAAAUCACGUGGAAAGAUCAAUUAGAAUUACUUCGAUAUUACGGCGAUGUGAUCACAAAUAAUUAUUCUUAUCAUCCAGAAGAUGAAAUCAAAAAACUAUCUUGUCAUCCAGAAGAUUGGUUCGUCAUCAAUCAAAGACCAACUAUUUUAAAAUCAAGAAAUACAACGUUUGGUGGAAGAAAACAAGAUUUAAAUCGAGUGGGUUUUACAACAGCUUUGGAUAGAAUAAUGGUUGAUACAAUUUGUCAAUUUGUUAAUGUUGAUGGAUAUUACAGUGUACCUUUUCCAAAUUUAUUUCAUAGAAAUGGAUUGAUGACUGCGGAAAUUGCCAUUCAUAUUCCGCGAGAUUCGUUGAAAAUUCUCGAGACGAAAUGUGAAAAAGAUUUCUAUCCGUGUGGAUCGAAAUGUUAUCGAUUAGAUCAAUUUCAAUGUUAUCCUGGUGGACUUCUCGUCAAUGUUCAAUGA